CCGCCAAUUCCUAAAAUGGGAUUUAAACCCUAAAUUGAGCCACACUGCUAGCCGUAUGCCUAAUAUUAACCUUUAAAUUAAGAAAAAAAAAACAUGCGAUAUAACCCAUUUUUACUUUGUGUUUGUGAUAACUAGUGACAACCAGUCCUCAGCGAGAACCUGGAGCAUCUCAAGAUGGCGGCUGAACGGAGGAUGAGGAUGCUAUCGGGUCGGGGUUGUGUGUCUGUGUUUCUGGCCGUGUUGUGCACCUUCUCCGUCGGGACCUGCGACGAACAGGUGCCGCUGAUGCUAUGGACGAGUGAAGGGUCUGGUCUGCCGUCCCAGGCUGUUCCUGCUGCUGGUCACAUAGUGGGUGUCACUCAGCUGAGCUCAUACCUGGAGACCGCCCUGGGUUCCGCCCCGCGCAACGUACUGCUCUUCCUGCAGGACAAGAUGAGCAUUGAGGACUUCACCAUGUAUGGAGGGGCGUUUGGCAACAAGCAGGACAGUGCCUUCCCUAACCUCGAGGGGGCGCUCCUCUCCAGCCCUUCCCCAUUGGUCCUGCCUGCCGUGGCCUGGCCGGCAUCCAGUGCUGUGAUCGGUCAACUCCAGGACCAAUUAGACACCUCUCCUCUCUACAUGGAACCAGAGACACUCAGCCAGCUACGACUCAACGCAUCUACCCCCGCCCUGCUGGUCUUCAGACUACCCUACAGCACCGGAUCUGAUCUGAUGUCUGCUAAGGAGGUUCUCAAUGGGAAUGAUGAGGUGAUUGGACAGGUGAUGAACAUUAUGAAGAGCCAGUCUGUCCCCUACACUGCCGUCUACACUGCAGUGAGACCCUCACGGGAUGUGUCAUCUCUGUCUAUGGAUAUGGAGGCUGGUGUGGGAGGAGGGCGCUCCCUAUUACAGUACGGAGACAGAAAGAGGGAGAGAGACAGACAGCGGGAGAGAGAAAGAGGAGAGAAACUAGUCAAGGAGAAGACCGGAGUCUACCCUCCAGUUGAGUUUAAG